GAUGUAAAUGUGAGAAACUGGUGUGUUACCUACUGUAACACAUCAAGACUGGUUAAGAUACCGAGGACAGUAGACAAAACAAAUACUAAUACUGUGAUGGGAGCGACAAGUUUCAUGCUUAUGUUGUAUGGUCAAAUAAGAACACUAGAAGUUUGGCAACACGUGGGAUCCUGCACACACUCAUUUUGUCCUGAAUUUUCCCAUAUCCUCCUCCUUCUCAAGACCCUUGGCUCUCAGAAAAACAAAGCAGUUAUUUAUUUAGUACAAGAAAAAGGGUGGUGGUUGUGGUUUUUUCAGUUGUCGGUGAUCACUGCCGGGAAAAGACAACUGUGGACGAGAUGGGGGAUCCUAAAUCCGAUGACUGGUUGCCAGAAGGUUGGAGGGUAGAAGUUAAAGUGAGAGAUAGCGGUAAAAAAGAUAAGUUUUAUUUUCCUCCCACGGGUGGAUUCAGAUUCAACUCCAAGAUUGAGGUAUCUCGCUAUCUCAACGGAAGCCAUCCUAAAUCUGAAGAAAAGGAAGGAAGCAAUGACCAGUGGUCCUCAAACAAGGUUGUAAUCGAGAAGACUGUACCAGAAGGGUUACCUCUGGGAUGGACCAAGGAAAUCAAAGUAACAAAGAAAGGUGGCAGAAUCAGAAGAGACCCGUUUUACACUGACCCUGUAAGUGGAUGUGUUUUCCGCUCAAUGAAGGAUGCCCAUCGCUACAUUGAAAGUGAUGUGGUAGGAAGGCUGGCAUUCAAGCGAAACCGCAAAGACAACUGUGUUGUAGAGUUGGAAGAUGAUAAAACCUGUUCACCAGCUGUAGCCGAGAAACAAGAUUCGGAAGUCAAUGAAACACCGAGUCCAGUUACAGGUGACCAGAGCUUGAAGGCAUGUGAAAUUGCAAAACAUGAACAGAUACUCAAUUCGGCCUCUACAGAAGAGUGCGUAAUUGUCUCUGAACAUACUUCUGAUCAGUAUGAGUCAGUAGCCAAGAAACAAAAGUUGGAAGUCAACCGAACACAAAGUUCAAUUAUAAGUGACCAUAGCUUGAAGUCAUGCAAAAUAGCUAAAGAUGAACAGACACUUAACUUGGCCUCUGCAGGAGAAUACACAACUGUCUCUGAGCAUGCUUCUAAUCAGUGUGUCUCUGUAGCCAAGAAACAAAAAUUGGAAGUCAGUGGAAUGCCAAGUCCAAUUAUAAGUGACCAGACCUGGAAGUCAUGUGUAAUUGCUAAAGAUGAACAGAUACAUGAUUCAGCCUCUAGAGGAGAAUGCAAGGCUGUCUCUGAGCAUACUUCUGAUCAGUGUGUGUCUGCAACUAAGAAACAACAGUUGACAGUUGACAGAAAUCCAAGUUCAAUUAUAAGUGACCAGAGCUUGAAGUCAUGUGGAAUUUCUAAGGACAAACAGAGACUUCCUUCAGCCUCUACAGGAGAAUGCACAGCUGUCUCCAAGCAUACUCUUAUCCAGUGUGGAGUAGGAACUGAAUCAAGCAGCUCAGAAUUUCCUGAGGAUAAGGGUUCCAACCGGACAGAAGAGAAGUGUGAUUUUGUUAGGACUUCAUUCGUUGAAGAUCCUUCACAUGGUGUUCCAGAGGAUAAACUACUAUUGGAAGUUGGGGAGACAAGAAAGGAAAUUAAAAGGGCUGGAUUAAGAAAAUCCAAGAAUAAAAAUGAUAUCAACCUUCCUCGUCGGGCCUCAAAGCGUCUUGCUGGCAUUCCACCAGCUCCAACGCCAGAACUGAAGGCAAUAACUCGAGUUCGUCGAGCUGCAGUUCAACCAGGUAAUGAGAUAAUUGCUAGUACAAGUGAGCAGGCUUCCUGUGGUGAGCUUGACACUGAGCUGAAUACAAAGAAUGCAUUUGACACCUCCAAAAGCACAGAAAGGCCAUUGGAGUCAAAUGAAAGCAAGCAUGGUAUUGUGGAUAUGGAGCAUGCUGGAAAGGCAGGAUCAGGAAAGGAGAGGAACGAGAAGCAUGAAUGUGCUGUUGUUUCAUCUCCUGGUAAACUCGCUUCUGCAGAACAUGGUGGAAAGAUUGAAACUGCCAAUAAUAGUGGUGAGAAGCCAGGACUGCCUUUUGACCUGCCACUUGAGGAGUUAUGGCAAGAUCCAUGCAUUGCCUUUGCAAUAAAAACUCUCACUGGCGCUCCUGUUAAUUCCGAUAGCAUUAAAGUGUCACCAGGUUCAAGCAAUAAUGAAUUUGUGGGCAUGGCUGCUUUGGAUGAGCAUGCUGGGAAGGAAGACAUUGGGAAUAAUGGAAAUCUGUUUAUUCCAGAACAUGCUAGAGGGGUUGAAACUAGCAGCAAGGCUGACGAGAAGCCAGUAUCUCCUCUCAACUUGCCUUUUGCUGAUGCUUGGUCAGACCCCUGCAUUGAAUUUGCAAUAAAAACUCUCACAGGUGCCAUUCCACUGGACUUUGAUGUGAUUCAGGAUUGCCUUCCGCAGCAAGCUGGCUCUUUGCAACAGCAACAGAGUAGUGGCUUCACCUUGCCAAAUGUAGGUGAGUUUUGCCAAGCUGAAUUUUUGUGCCAGCAAUUCGGCACUUCAGAGAAGCCUUCAUUUAAUCAAGCAGCUUUGGUAGGGCCUGCAUUGCCGCACACUAAACAUGUUAAUUUAGGAUACUCAGCUGGAUCUAGUCGACGCCAGCAUAGCGAAGAAAGAAGCAAUAAACGUAGAAGAUAAGCAGUCCCCUUGUUUUGAUUCAAUUGUACAGAUCGGAAAACUUUUCUGGAUGUGAUUAUAAUUUUCAGAACAAGAUCAUCCAAAGUUCUCUUGUUAGGUGUACCAAUUCACUCUUGUACUAAUGUAGUUGUAAUUAAAUUUUAACUCAAUAACUGCUGUAACUGUUAGAAAUUUUCAAGUUUAGUUACCCUUUGUGGGAUUGUAGUUGCUUGUAA